AUGUCGGAGUUCAACGAAUCGCACGAGAUGCAGAACCAGUGGGUGCAGCUGUACCCGCCGCCCGUUCUGUUCGACCUUGGGAUUACCGUCAUUCUCAAAGACAGGGAGCCGGCCGCUAGCAAGCUACUGUCGUUCCUGGAGGAGCACGCGCUGCUGGUGGUGGUGGUGGGGGAGAGGGAGUGCCGAGCCGCGCAGCUGUUGUCAUUCCUGGAGGAGCAUGCGUUGCUGCUGGUGCUGGGAGAAAGGGAGCUCUCCCUACCCCUGCCCACCCUGCUGCCCUCCCCCUCCGGCAUCACCGCCUUCAAUACAAGCACAUCCGCUGCAAGCACAUUCGCUGCCAGUGGCGGUAGUGCUGCUGGUGCUGCUGGUGGCAAUACUGGAUCUUUCAGUGCAACUCUCUCGUCUCUCGCCUUCCCGUGCGCACGUACCGUGCUGUUGAGGCUGCGGCGGCGGUGGAGGGGAGGCGGUGGAGGACGGGAGGCAGUGUCGGCAGCUGCAAUGGCAGCGCUGCCUGGUGGGCUGCGGGCGCAGCUGGUCUCUGCUAUCACAUCUGUCUUCAUCCAGCUCGAGGCAAUGGAUCUCUUUCCUGAUCUCCUCGCCUCGCUCGUCGACCUGCUCCUCUUCGCCGCAAAGAGGACAAACCACGCCGACCGCUUCAUCCGCCAGGCGGCGUGCCUCGGCCUACGUGAGCUGGAGGCUGCCUACCCGUGUGUGCUGCAGCAGUAUGGCGGGCACGUGCUGGCGUAUCUAGCUUUGGAACGGUCGUUUGUGUGGCAAGGAUACGUGCUGCUGCUGUCAGCCAUCGUCAAGGUAUGCCCUGCCCCCUGGGAAUGGGGGUGCAUGUACUUGCAUGUGAGCUGGCUGGAAGGCGCGUACCCGUGUGUGCUGCAGCAGUAUGGCGGGCAUGUGCCAUGUGGCAGGGUUACCAUACCACAGCAGAUAGGCUUAUCUGGCCUUGGAGGGAUCCUGCGUGUGGCAGGGUUAUGCGCUGCUGCUGUCAGCGAUCGUCAAGUCACUAACAAAGACGUCUUCAGGCAGUUCUCCCUUCUCCUCCAUUUCCUCCAUCUCUUACCAAUCGCCCCCAACCUCCCUCCCUUGCUCUCCCCCAUCCCCCCCAUUCAGAACCUCUGUACAACGUUUUUUGCCGGCGCCCCUCCUCCCUUCUCCCUGCCUCUCCCCUGGGGGCUUUUGCUGACAAGGCAGCAGGGGGAGGAGAGUGAGGGACGGGGAGGGGGUGUGGAGGUGGGGGGGGUUGAGAUUGUGCCGUCCCAACUGCCUAUUGCGGGCCAGCGUGCCAUCCGAAAGGCCAUCUCAGCGCUUCUCGAUGCGUGCCAGCUGGCGUCGCCGCCCGUCCUCGCGUGCGUGCUCGCUGACGUGGCGGCGGUGGCAGCUUCACUGAACCUUCCUUUUCUCAAGUCUCAAGCCCUCCAAGACAUGGGAUCGCUGGAGAGUGCUUCGUCCUCUCUGCAAGCCCACACAGUUGCCACCAUCCCUUCAUCUGCUCCCACCAUUCCUUCCUCUGCCCGUCCUGCCACUCCACCUGCUCCGUUUGUCUCAUCUGCCAUCCCACCACUAUCACCAGCACAGCCACCACAACCACCACCACAAGACCUCCUGCCAGCGCACACCAAGCGAGCUGUCGUGCUGCGAGUGGCCCGAUUGGCCCACGAGCCCUGGCAGCCAAUCGCGGUGCGCCAGCUGGCGCUAAGGUGGCUGCUGGCGCUGGAAGUCGACGGGGUGGCAGCGGGGGGAGGGGAUGGUGGUCUUGCUGGAAAUCAGCCGCAGAUUCACAUGCAGCAGCAGCAGCAGCACGCACUCUCACAGCAGCACUCACAUCCUUACACACAGCAGCACAGGAGGAGGCCCAUCCUGGCAGCACCCCAGCUAGCAUCAGCUCUCUCCAUCCGCCUCUUCGAUCCGCUCGCCCUCAAGGCUGCCAAGACCCUCGCCUUCGCCCGCAUCGCCGCCGCUGCGCUCUGCUCCUCUGCGCUCCCCGAAUCCGCACGCGCCGCCAUGUCAGCAUCUGCCAUGUCAGCAUCCGCCACGUCAGCGUUUUCCACGUCAGACGCGGCUGCGGCGAGCCAAUCAGGGGAUUCCGCUGCUGCUGACGCGUUCCUGUCCGCCAGCCGCCUGCAGCAGCAGCUGCUGCACGAGUCCAUGGCGGCCCUCUCUCUCUUCUACUAUCUCCCACCUUCCUCCCUCGACGCACUCCUUGCCCUCCGCACUCUCCGCUGCUUCCUCACUGCCACGCCCCUUCCCCUCCUCUCCUCCCCCCUCCUUUCCUCCCCCCACCUCCCUUCCUCUCCCCUCCUCUCCCUCCCUUCCUCCAUACCUCUCUCCCACUCCCACUCCGACGCCUCCCAAUCUCUUUCCUCCCUCCCACUACACACCCACCACCCCUUGACCAUCAACAUAGCAUCACCAGAGCACGAGACCAACAGACCAGGCCUUCCAGGCCUUUCCAGGCAGCACUCCCUUCUAGCACCUCGACUCUCCUUUCCCGCACCUCCCCCAUCUAUCCUCUCAUCCGUGCAAGCCUAUCUGCUUAGCACGCUCACAGCCAUGCCUGACCACAUCCCCAACCUCCUCUUCUUCCUCUCCUGCCUCUCUCAGUGCCCCCACCACCACCCCCUUUCGCGUGCCCUCCAUCGCACCCUUUUCUCCCAGCUCAUCCCCCUCCUCAGCCAAUUCUCUCCCACCCUCCCUCCUGAUUCAUCUGCAGACAAAGGCAUUCAACAUCCUUCUCUUUCUGCCACUGCUGACGCUGCUUGCACUGCUGACCGCGAUCCGUCAGCGGGAUAUCUGACGGCCCAGCCGCUCCUGGUGCCUCUCUCCCUCUGCUCCGUGCCGCGCUACCUCCCCCUCCUCCACUCGCUCUCGGCCAAUCUCGACGUGCCACCUGGCCCGAUCGUGGAUCUCCUGUUGGCGUUUCUGCAGAACGAGAGGGAGAGGCGGUACAGAGAGACAGGGGGAGGAGGGAAGGGGGAAGGGAGGAGGGGAGGGAAAGGGGGAAGAGGAGAGGCAGGAGAGAGGGAGGAGGAAAGGAGGAGGGAGGGUGGUGGGAUGGCAAGAUGGCCUGGUGUGGGUAUGAGUGGCGGUGCUGCUGCUGCGGCAGAUGGGGAGGGGGCAUCAUGGGAGGACACGGCGCAAGUGCUCUCCAUAUGCCGCACCAUUCUCACAAGCCACGCCCUAUCAGUGGCGUUUGACCCUUUGACGCGCCUCUUCUCGUUUGUCACUCUCCAUCAUCCGGAUAUCACACUCAGGGACAGAGCCAGACGUCUUAUGACGCGCCUCCUCUCGGUUGUCACUCUCCAUCACCAUCCGGAUAUCACACUCAGGGACAGAGCCAGGAUCUUCCUGCGCCUCAUCCCAUCAGCAUCUGGUCACAUCAUCUGUCAUCUCCCCAUCACAGUUUUUGUUUUGAGGCGCCUCAAAACUAGACUACCUGCGCCUCAUCGCAUCAGCACCAGGUUUUUCCUCCGCCUCAUCACAUCAGCGCCAGGUCACAUCAUCCGUCAUCUCCUCCUCUCCUCCUCCUCCUCGUCAUCCCUCCCCCCUGCCCCUGGCCGUACCCCCAUCACGGCACCUGCUCCUGCUGCUGCUGCUGCUGCACUGUUUCCACCUCCCCUCUUUUACACUCCCGCAGGGGAUUUCUCUGAUGCUUCGGGUGGUGCUCUCUUUGCUCUCGCCUCUUCCGCUGCUGCGGCUACCACCAGAACUGAUGUCACUGCGUCGGAAGCAGUAGCAGCAGGAGGAGGAGUGGGGGGAGGAGGAGCAGCAACGGGAGCAGGAGCAGCAGCUGCAGCAGCAGCAGCGGCGGCGGCGAGAGCAGCAGCAAAUCGACUUUUAGCGGACACAGCAGAAGGACCGCCGUCCCAGCCCCAGUCCGUGAACAUGGCAGAUGCAGCAGCGUUUGCAGAGAUCGCUGCAGUCAUCAGUUCACCCUCCUCCUCCCUCUCCUCCUCGGCUCUUAAAGCGGGGGCUGGGGGGGAGUGGGCGAAGGGAAGGGAGGCGGAAAAGGGUGAGGCUGCCACUGCUGCUGCUGCUUGUGCUGUCAAGGAGGUCAGCCAUGCUUCAGCUUCUGUUGCUGUUGUUGCUGCUGGUUCAAGCAGUAAUGAGUUCAAGUCUCUCACUUUGUCAACUAAGCACCACUCAUUCGCACCACAGCACCUGCAGCAGCAGCAGCAGCAGCAGGAGGCUGAGUGGUAUCGGUCGCAGAGUCAGCAGACUCUUGCCUUGCUGGACACACACACUGCUGAGCUGGCAGCCAUUCUGGACGAGUAUUUUGCCACUCUGGCACGACGACAGCCUGGCGACACAGGGUCAGCGACCAUCAUUCGUGCGGUUACCAGUACCAGCAGCAGUAAGAGUGGUUUAGGUGAGAACAGUGACCAUAACAAGGAUGACAUUAUAGGGUAUGAGGAGGCUGAGGGGUUCUGGGUACGGGUGCCCUGUGUGCUGAAGCUGCUGCCAACGGCUAGAGAGGAGCUUGCCUUCGAUAUAAGCACACUGGGGCAGACUAGGGUUGCUGGUACAGAAGGUGGUGGGGGUGGUGGCAUGGGUGGCGGUUCUGCUUCUGCUCCUGCUGCUGCUGCCACGUCAGCCAUUGAUAUGAUCAUGGGAGCUGUGGUGGGGGUGUUUGCUGUGGAGCUGAGUUUCCGAACCUCGGUGUUUACCGGACCUAUUGAGCCGUGCCUGAUUCCGUGCCUGAUGAUGGCUCGGGAUGAGGGGGUGACGGGGGAGGAUGGAGAAGAGGAGGCAUGGGAAGAUGAGGAGGAGUGGGAUGAAGAGGAGUAUUGUGAGGAAGGAGUGCUGGGAAAUGAGGAAAAGGAUGAGGAUGAGGGGGAAGAGAGUGUGGAGGGAGGUGGCAGUACGAAGGACAGCAUGAGCAUUAUUGUUUUCAAACAAGACGACAAGACGGCGUCUGCAGAUGAGCCAGAGACAGCAGAACAGGAGGAGAAAGAGAAGGAAGAGGAGGAGAGAUCCUUUAACGCGGAUUUCACUAGGAGCAACCCCUCCUCUUCCUCCCACAAUCUGCUAGCAGUCACAGAUCAGACACCGUUUGACAUUGAGUUCUCGCCCCAUUGGCCGGCGCCGAUACUCGUGGCGGUAACCGUAACGUUCACGAGUCAGGACGGCCGCACGCUCACAGGCGAGCUCGCGAGCAUUCCGGUCGGCAUAGAGGAUUUCUUCAUGCCUGCUCCCUGGCCGUUCGCUAGGGGUCUUGUUGGGAGCAGGGGUGGUGAAAUGCAGGAGGUUGCUGGUGAAGGGGGGUUGGAUGGAGCAAGGGAAGGGAUGAGGGGUAGAGGUUUAGUGGGUGAAAGUGGUUCAGGGAACGAGGAAUUGGGGGCGUUUGAUAAGAAGGGAUUGCCUGCAGCCCGGCCUGAGUCAGUCCGCACUGUAGCUGUAACACCAGAAAUGGUGAUUGGGGCGGUGGAGCAGCAUUUGGGCCGUACAGCUGCUGUCAUUUAUUUCGCCUGA